GCCAAAAUGCUAAGGGAGGAGGAGUGUGGAGUCUUGCCAAUAUGCUGAGCCUGCUGUUUGUGACUCUCUGCCUCAUAGGAGGGUCUGCUCCUAAGCCUCAAGCACCAGCCAUCGAAAGAGAGCUGGUGGGCAUUGUCGGGGGACACAAUGCUCCAAAGGGGAAGUGGCCCUGGCAAGUCAGCCUGCAGGUGUACAACUACAGCUUGGCUUUCUGGGAACACACAUGCGGUGGCUCCCUCAUCCACCCGCAGUGGGUGCUGACUGCUGCCCACUGCAUUGGACAUCGAAAUGCUGAUCCAUCAACCUACCGCAUCCUGGCUGGGGAUGUAUACAUCUAUGGAGACCACAAGCUGUUGAGAGUGAAACAGAUCAUUGUUCACUCAGACUUUGUUCAUGUUAAACUGGGUGCUGAUGUGGCACUAAUACAACUGGGCAAACCUGUGAAUAGCUCCGCCAAUGUCAAGCCCAUCAAGCUUACCUCCCUGAAUCAUGAGGUCACCCAGAAGGACAAGUGUUGGGUGACUGGGUGGGGCCACGAGAAUUCUAAUGGUUGGCUGCCACCACCUUUCCGCCUGCAACAGGUGAAUGUACACAUUGUUGAAAACUAUGCCUGUGAGCAGCUACACCAGAAUUAUAGUAUGGAUGAACAAAACAACAGGAGGAUCAUCCUUGAUGACAUGCUGUGUGCUGGUGGUGAGGGUCGUGAUUCCUGUCAAGGUGACUCUGGAGGCCCACUUGUCUGCAAGGACUCAGAUUCUUGGAUCUUGGUGGGAGUGGUCAGCUGGGGGGAAAGCUGUGGCUGGCUUCCUGGUGUAUAUGCACGCGUUGAGUUCUAUGUACCCUGGAUCAAGCAGUAUAUUCAGAGUUCCUCCUAAGUCCAGUUUACUGAUUUCCACUGGCCAGCCAAGGAGGUGCCUGCUGCCCUCCAACAGUGCCUGGGCCUGCAGCUUCUCUUGCAUGAUGCAAGAUUCAACUUCUUCCCUAGCCUCCUUGGAGCCCUAGAAUUUCCUGAAUACUCCAGGGUGAGAGCCUGUGCUUGGCUCUUGUGGCCUGUUCCUGAGGGGAGGUUGCAAGGUGUGCAGGGUAAGGGCCUGAGUUCCAUAUACUGGCAUCUGAAUUUGCUAAGAACCCAGCUGUUGGAGGACACCUGGAAUAUUUCUGCUUUCUGUCUAUUCUGAAUAAAGAUAGUAUGAAAAAUGUU